AAAUGGAAAAGAUAACGCCCAUUUCUGGGACCAUAACCGUUAUCUUAAAAACGUAUAAAUUUCAUUAGUGAAUGCAAAUCUUUCAAGGCAAGAGUUUUGCUAAGGACACCUGUUCAGUAUGGAUUUAGCAAAGGUGGUUGUUAUCAUAUUUGCAAUUUCUAUUCUGUGCAUUACCAUUAUAUUCUCUGGAUUAUCAAAUGUUGGACGCGUUAGAAACAUCCAAACGAACAAAAACCUGUUUCCUGAUGGAUUUGCAAAUAAUAAUCAACAGGCACUUAUAGAGCCAGUUGAUGGAAUAUAUGCAACUUGGAUCGCAGUUUACAUCUAUCAGGCUAUUUGGAUUUUUUAUGCUGCCUCGUUGACUCUCAAGUGCGAUUCGCCUGAAAUAAUCAACAAAAAGGUAUACGCAACAUACCUUUUUGCCUUGACUUGCAACAUCGUCUGGAUGUUCAUCUGGUGUCGAAGAAUUUUUUCACUUGGAUUUGUAUUUUACAUUCUACAAGCAGUUUCUCUAGACAUCUGUCUGUAUUUUGCUACAAGUGCUUGCCUUCAGUACCUGGAGAAUUUUCCACAAGCAAGACAAAGUCCAGUUGUCAGUCAUUUAUGGGCAUUUCGACUUCUUGUUAUAAACGGCAUUUCCUUCUUUACUGGUUGGGUUUCAAUCACUGGAUUAGUAGAUUUGGUAGUGGUGCUUCAGUUGGACUUAGAUGUCCCUGCAAUUCCAGCUUCCAAAGUGGGUUUAUCCUUGAUGGCCAUCGGUAUGAUUACUUGGGCAGUGAUUCAAAAUUCUGUUUGCAAAGAGCAAACUCGCUUUAUGUUUGCUGAAUAUAUCCCCAUCAUGGUUGUUCUGGGUGGAAUGAUAGCAAAGGAAUGGAACCAUGAACACGAAGUUAUCAGGUCUUUUGCAUUGGCUCUUUUCGUUAUUUCGUUGAUGCUGUGCCUCUUCAGGCUUGGAAUGAUUAUCACCCAAGAAGCUAAAAGAAAGGCGCUUCAGUUUGGUAACCAAGAGGCAGGCGAAAAUGUAAAACUUAUAUAACGCAAACAUACAAGCUACACAUGCACAUUUCUAUUGAGUGAGAGCCCCUCAUUAAUUUCUACGUAUUUUUUGAUAAACUUUAUAUUGAUAUUUACAGUUUUCUCGAAUUUCAACCCUAAAUUCAAUCAUAUUGGCAAAUUUUGUAACUGCUUCUUUUUCUUUAGAUGAUUCAGUGCUACUCUUGCCAAUGAUACAUAUCUAUACGCAACCCUAAACGUAUUCAAACGACAGUAUUUAAAAACAUAUCACAGCAAUUCUCGCAAUAAAUUUAUCUCUUCAAAGAACAGGUAUCCCUGUUACAUUAAUUUAAACUCAAACUCAGACUUAUUUCCAUUCAGCAGCCUUUACGGUUUACAGAAAUACAGUUUAAUUGAAAUUUAUUGAAAUUUGUAAAUGAAACAAUAAAUCACAUGAAACUGAAUGAGAGCUUUUUGGUAAUCUUUUCCACAAAUAAUCUUAUGAUCAAUUUAUUGAAUGUAUUUCAAAGCCAUCAUCAUUACCUAACAACAACAAUAGAACUGAUAGAUGAAUAUAACAAAUGGGCCAAUGGAUAUGCAAAGUCAAUUUGAGAAAUAAAGGUAUCUAAAAUAAUAGAAAAGACUAGGUGCAAAAUGCUAAAGCAAAAAACUAUUUGUUUAACUAUCAAGAUCAGAAACAUGCUUGACUUGUAUCUGGUCAUUUUAUUUAAACAAGUACUUUCCACUACAUAAAGCUCUGUGAGUCAGUUGACUUUAAUUCUGUUUCAAAACAGUUUUAUUGCAUGUGAUAAUCAACCAAAAAACUAAAAAGAAAUGAAAGAAAGUUUUGGCAUUCUCUAUCUAUUAAUCACAACCUUAUUGUUCUUAUCAUAAAAUGUUUUUAAAGGGCUUAACAGUUUCUGAAUAUGCUGCUAAAUGUCUAGAAAAUUUAAACUAAAAUUCAGCUAGCUCGGCAAAUUACACUGCUAUCUUCCCCAUCCAUCCAUCUCCAGUGAAAAGCACUACAUCUUGAAACAAUUGCUUACUGAAAAAGCUGAGAGUUUGGUUUGGUUGCAUCAAAGUCCGCUGAGUAUCACUUUUUCCCUAGCCUAAAAUUGAAAAGAUUGAAAAAAAUAAAAAAUACCAGUUUGUUAACCUUUUGGGGGUUUCCGUACAUUGUUGUUGUAGUUGUCUUCAGGUCGUUUGACCCCUGGUGAUGUUAUGAACCUGACGUCUCCAUUCAGCUCUAUUUUUAGUUUCUUUGUUGAGCUGAUAAACAUUUCUUGUUGUCAUCGUCUUAAUGUUGUCAAACCACUUUGUUGCAGGUCUUCCUUUACCUCUUUUCCCUUCAAUUUUUCCUUGCAUUAUCAGUUUUUCUAAACUGUUGUCUGCUCUAUUUAUGUGGCCAUAAUAGGUUAAUUGCCUCUUUCUGAUGGUGUUGAAUAAUGAUCUUUCUGUUUUUAUAUUUGGCCUAGUACCCAUUCAUUCCUUUUUCUAGAUGUCCACGGCACCCUUAGGAGUCUUCUCCAUACCCAAAGUUCAAAGGCUUCAAUCUUUUUCAUUUCUGCUUUUCUUAUUACCCAUGUCUCACUUCCAUAUGUAACAACAGGAAAUACUAAUGCUUCAAUUAUUCUUAUCUUGGUAUUUAGUGUGAUGUUUUUGUCUUUCAUUAUUGUUGUCAAAUUGGUCAUAGCCUUCCUACCCAGCAUUAGCCUCCUUCUAAUUUCUUUUGUGUGAUCAGAGGUUCUGGUUAAUGUACAGCCAGGAACAUUUAAUUCCUGUACUACCUCGAUGGAUUCCCCAUCGACUUCAAAGUUGGUAUUUUCUGCCGUCGUCAUUACUUUUAUUUUUUUUAAAUUUAGUAGUAGCCCUUUUUCCUUGCUUGCUUUUUUAACAUUUCUGAUAAGUUCUUCCAGAUCUUCUUUGGUUUCGGCAAUCAGGGUCGUGUCAUCUGCAUACCUUAAGUUAUUAAUGAGUCUACCAUUUACUUUAAUUCGAUGUUGUUUUCAUAUAGUCCUGCAUUUCUCAUAAUAAUUUCACUAUAUAAAUUAAAAAGGUAUGGAGAUAGAAAACAGCCUUGUCUCACUCCUUUGCUGAUUUCAAACCAAUCUGUUGGCCCAUACAUUGUUCGUACAUGCGCUUCUUGUUUAUGGUAAAGAUUCUUAAUCAAGAUUAUUAGAUGUUCUGGAAUUCCCAUCUUUCUCAUCACAAUCUACAUAGUUUUAUAGUUCACACAGUCGAAUGCUUUGCUGUAAUCAAUGAAACAAAAAUACAUUUCUUUCUUUACUUCGCGUACCUUUUCCAAUAUCCAUCUGAAGUUUUGCAAUUUGGUCUCUAGUUCCCCUUCCUUUAGUAAAUCCAGCUUGCUCAAUUGAUAUUUCUCUGUCAAUAUACGGUGUUAGUCUUUUCUGGAUUAUUUUCAGAAGUAUUUUGCUCAUGUGAACAAUUAAGGAUAUUUUUCGAUUAUUUGAACAUUCUCUAAUAUCGCCUUUCUUUGGCAGCGACAAGAAGACAGAUCUUUUCCAAUCUACUGGCCAGUCAGAAGUUUUCCAGAUUAGCUGACACAGCUUGCAUAUGAUGUUGAGUGUUUCUUUGCCAGUAUUUUUUACCAGUUCAAUGGGGAUGUUGUCAAUACCUGGAGCUUUAUUAUACGCAAGUUCUUUAAUGGCAUGUUCUAUUUCUGCUAGAGUUGGUUCCGGUUCUUCUGUAAAUUCUUCUUCUGUGAAAUCAUUUUCACAGAAUAAUCAAAACAAAUUCCGUACAUUAGAAUUUCAUAAAUCCAUCACUACAAACUGUUAAAGAGAACGGUCUCCGCAUUCAGGGAUAAAUUAUUUCAAAAUUUCGCUGAUUAUCACUUUUUCCUUGGCCUAAAACCGAAAAGUUUGAACCAAUCAAAAAUACCAGUUUGUUCACCUUUUGGGGGUUUCCGUACUUCUUUAAGUUGUCAGUUGAAAGUCUGCUCCAAAAAUUCUUAUUAUCUCUUUAGUUAAUAACAGUUUAUUUUGAGAAUUGAAACAGGUUGUGUCCUUAGACAGGGUAGUGAUAAAAGCGUGGGGAAUUCUGGUCACUCAACCAAUCAAAAACUUGCUUUCCUUGUCACGAAACUUCAAGUUCUUCUCAAUAUCAGUAAUGUCAUUCGACACAUUGGGAGGACAAUGCCAAGAAGCCUGGCUUUAGUUCCUUACACAGUGGCUUUAAGGUUGACUUUGGAACCUUGGUAUAAAUAAUAUGAACAACAUCUCCAUCAACUGAUCACAUCUUAAAAGUGAAAAACGAUCAAUACUCACAAAUAAAAUGUUGAAAUUGUUUACAUAGAUGCAUACAUACAUACAUUUGCAUAAUUAUCACUGGUCGGUGUUAUAAUGCAAGAAGAAUCGCUAAUUGCUUUGAUCAGUUGUGGCGGUAUGAUAUAGAUUUAUUUGUUAGAAGAAUUUGCUACUCAGCUAUUUGAUGUUGAAAGUUUUCGUUGUGACACUUCAUUGGUUCUGACCUAAACAGAGUUUAAAGGGGCUGUGGGCCAAUCUUGCUCAUUUUACAGCGGUUGAUGGGAUCUACUGCAGCAAUCAAAGUAUAAUUGGCUUGGCAAGCAAUCGAUUUGCUUUGAGUAGACAUUUAAUUUUGCAUGGUAGAAGAGAGCUAUUUACUAAUUUGUCUUGAAUGUAAUGUAAAGAAUGAUUUUUUGGGACAAGAUCUGGUGUAUUCGAUAACGAAAAGCAUGACUUUCUGAGUAGCGAUAAGAAAUUGAAACCAAAAAGUAAAAUAGCAGUAGGCCUAGGCCUAUGCCUUGUACGUUUCAUAAAUUAUUUUCUUCGUGAUAGCGAUUGUUUGUUGUUUGAGUUGUUGUUUGAAAUUAGAAAUUCUGAUGUUUAAAAAUGAUUUUUCAACGUUCAUCAACACAAUAGAAAAGAGUUAUCAACAACAAGCGUGUGUUUUAAUAAAAAUCAAUCUUCAAGUUUUUGGAGUGUUUCUAUUUUCGUGCCAGGAGACAAUUAUCUAGUCGUCAUGAUAUAUUCAAGCCUUUCAAGCAUCAUUGUGAAAUGAUCUUACAAAAUAGAAAGAAACUUUGAAUUUUCACUCAUUUCUUUUUGCUACUUGAAUGCGUGAACUGCCCCGGCAAACUACUGUUCACGCUGUUGUUCAAUUUAGUCAUAUGAAUGACGCGUAAUCCUUUGCAUAAUUCUAGGAAACGCUCAUACGCGAUUUUGCUCUCGGUUACACAGACCCACUACUU